AUGAAUGUAUUAGCAAUCCUUGACAGGAUACAUAACAGCUGGGCGCUGGCCCCGGGCCUUGAUCACGCUCCCGACGAUCUGAUUCGCUUGGGUAAUAUCUUCUUAAAUCCUAGCGAGCCCCAUCGGCCGCUUACGACAGUCACAGCGGCUGAGCUUAAGGCGCAAUAUCCAGAAAUCUGGAGGAGUCCAUCAAUGGACAUACGUUGGGAUGCCCAAGUUUCACGGGAGUUCGGCCUUGUAUCUGGGGUGGAAGAGGUCCCCCUCGAGACUCUUCUACAUGAGGGAUUAGUGAUCUGGAGAACAAACAUCAGCAUCGACAGUAUCGUGGACUACGAACUCGCUGACAUGCCCAGCCAGAGCACCGUACAGGCCCGCCUGACGGAUCCUGCUAUUCAAGCACUGCUGGAGCAAAUCAGCGGCAGCUGUACAUUGUAUAUGGUGACUGGUACUAAGAUCGUCAGCGGUUUCUCUGCCACGGGAGAACGGGGACAUCACCCCAGCGUUGGCCCAAGGGAUGCACUCACCGUCGCCAUCAACGAACCAGGACCGAAGGUUGUUGGUUACCAGAUGUUGAAGAUUGUAACGAUCCAUACUUCUUCCCUAGUGAUUGGUACGGGCUGGCCGACCAAUUACUUCUCCGGAAAGCGAAGGCCGAGUGUAGAAGUGGACAAGAAGGUGAAGUUACCUAACCUGUUGAAAAAGAAACAAAUGAACCAAUUACAAAUUACGCCUUCUACGUACGUCCUAUACAUUUUACCACCGUCCGGUCUACUCCUACUUAAUACCACUCAAGCACACCCUUCCAAUUUGCUCAUGAUGCUUGUUGAAAACCAAGGCUUUUGUCUACAUGAAAACGGCAAUUCACACGAGGGGGAAGAAAGUGGGGAUUGCCGUAUCAGCAACAACCCUCCGGUUAUCGGACCGAGCCCCCACUUCACUUACUAA